AAACUCCCGAAAAGAAAGAUGGCAGCCUCCAUGAGAAGGAACGUGUUAUGUUUUGAACAAUAUUUUUACGCAUUUUUGUUUGUUUGGGUUGUUUGAUCAAUACAUCACUGUCAAGAACAAACAGUUACAUUACAAUUUCGAGAAAAAAGGAAUACAUAUCAUAUCUCAGGGGAAAUCUUGCAAAAUGCCGGUUGACAGCAGACCUCCAACCAAAAAGAUGAAAUUCUCUCCUGGAGGAGGAUUUAAGAAUGGGGUACCGGUGUUCCAAAAAUUACAAGAAGAAAGACGAAAAUUACCCAUAUUUUCAGCCAAACGGAAACUGAUGCAGGAAUUGAAUCGUCUGGACACUGCUAUUGUGAUCGGUGAGACAGGCAGUGGCAAGACAACACAGCUUCCACAGUACAUUUUUGAAGACAGACUACACAAGAACUUGAUGGUAGCUAUAACUCAGCCCAGGCGAGUUGCAGCCAUUACAGUGGCCCAGAGGGUUGCUCAGGAAAGAGGCAGCGAACCAGGACAUGUGGUCGGACAUUGUGUGAGAUUUGAUGAUAUGACCAGUGAGAAGACAAGAAUCAAAUACAUGACAGACGGAAUGUUACUACGAGAAGCCAUCUUGGAUCCAUUGCUGAAAAGGUACUCUUUCGUGAUCCUAGACGAGGCCCACGAGAGGACCAUUCACACUGACGUGUUAUUCGGAGUGGUCAAACAGGCACAGAAAAGGAGGAAACUGAGGAAUCUCCUCCCGCUGAAGAUUAUAAUCAUGUCUGCCACCAUGGAUGUUGAUCACUUCUCACAGUUUUUCAACAAAGCCCCUGUGUUAUACCUAGAGGGGCGACAGUUCCCAGUACAGGUGUACUACAGUAGAGAGCCACAGUCCGAUUAUGUAUUUGCGGCCGUCGUAGCCUUAUUUCAGAUUCACAGGGAGGAACCAGCAGACCAACAUGUGCUGAUUUUCCUGACUGGCCAGGAGGAGAUUGACUCUGUGGUGCGCUCUAUAAAGGAGAUAGCUAAAGGUAUGGUUGGGGACGCCCCACCACUAGUUGUAUGGCCGCUGUAUGCUGCUCUCCCAUCACACCUUCAACUCCGAGCCUUUAACCCAGCUCCUAAGGGUACACGGAAGGUCAUUGUGGCCACCAACAUAGCAGAGACGUCUAUAACGAUACAUGGUAUCAACUUCGUCAUCGACACAGGAGUUGUCAAAGCCAAAAUCUUCACCCCACGAAGCGGGCUGGACCUGCUGAAGGUGGUUAAGUUGUCAAAGGCUCAGGCUCUACAAAGGUCAGGAAGGGCAGGUCGCGAGGCUGCAGGUACAUGUUAUCGACUAUACACAGAGGAGGAGUUCCACCACUUCCCUGACAAUACAGUUCCAGAAAUACAGAGAUGUAAUCUAUCCAGUGUUGCCCUGCAGUUGCUGGCCAUGGGGAUCACAGACAUUGUUAAUUUUGAUUUCAUGGAUAAACCUAGCACUGAGUCCCUUAUAGGUGCAGUACACCAUCUCCACACACUGGGAGCUGUUAUCAAAGAAAACACUAUCAAGCUGACAGCUGUGGGGAAGAAGAUGGCAGCUUUCCCUCUGGAUCCAAAGUUGUCCAAGACACUCCUCAUAGCCUUGGAGCUCCAGUGUCUAGAGGAAAUUCUUACAAUUGUAUCCAUGCUGUCUGUUGAUUCUGUCUUGUUUACACCCCAGAAUAAGAGAGAAGAGGCACUAGCUGUCCGCCAGAAAUUUGUGUCCAGUGAUGGUGACCACAUCACUCUCCUCAACAUCUACAAGGCGUAUAAAGGGGUCAAAGGCAAUAAGGAAUGGUGUCAUGAAAACUUUAUCAAUGGCCGGAAUAUGUCAAAGGCAAUGGAUAUCCGCAAACAACUACGACAGAUCUGUGAUAGUCAGACCAUGGCGGUCAAGUCAUGUGGUCAAGACACUAGUAUAAUCAGGAGAUGUUUGGCAGCAGGCCUGUUCAUGAAUGCAGCAGAACUGCAAAAGGAAGGAGAUGUCUACAUUUCAUUGACAACACGGGAGCCAGUUCAUAUCCAUCCCUCAUCAGCAUUGUUUAGAUGUAAACCUGCUUGUGUUGUUUACAACGAACUCGUUAAAACAACAAAGUGUUAUAUGAGAGACCUCAGUGUUGUUGAUCCAGACUGGUUGUAUGAAGCAGCUCCAGCAUAUUUCAAACGGAAAAAGCCAUCGAAAUAAUUAUUUUUAGCCCCUUUGGGACAGAAAAUGACCAGUAUCUCCAGAAAUUCACCUAAACAUGAAGAAGACAUGUGCAUUGUGGUCUAGGAGUGACCAUACUAUGAAUGUUUUAUCAAGGUUUUAGGUCUAGCUCAUCGGACGUGGGAAAGAAUUCCCUAGAUGUUUUAUCCUUCAUGGAGAGACAGAAUUUUGCAGCUGUGUUAUCAAUGAAAAGAGACAUGAUUCCCAGUAUUUUUAAUUCCAUAAAUAGUGACUGGACUCCAAAGGAUUUUAUCCAGCAAAAAGGGAACUCUUUUUUAUCCAUUAGAAGGGACAUGACUGUAGGUAAUUAUUAGUAUACUUUUGUCUUGCUAGGAGAGGCAUAGAUCUCAUUACCGGUUUCAUCCAAUUUGAAAUGGCAGCUGAAUAGUUUUAUCUAGAUAAGAGACCAGAAGUACAGUUUAUACACAUAAGGCAGCACAUGGGGCAGAAAUACAACUGUAACUAAGUAACAGGACAUAGUUGUGAUAUUAUCAGUUCACAGACUUUACAGCCAAGUUCGUAUGAAACAUUCACAGACUUGUGAAACAACAUGAACAUAAAUUAGUUUUGUUGAAAAUAUGGAUUAUGAUUAUGGUACCUACACAUUUCCGACAUGAUCAUAGCUGUAUGCUAAAUCAUGGAUAACAUCAAGAAUUUGUUUCCACAUAAAAUUAAAUUAAAUAAACAAAUUCAUAGCUGCAUUACUACAGAUUUGAGGAGGUUUGAGGCACUAACUUUCACAAAAUUUAGAGAGGUUUUUAUUGCAUUUUAAUGCUUCAUUUAGAGAAUCAUUAAAACUAAAUCUGGUCUUUUCAGAUUAACAGAUUUAUCCAUGCAUGAAAGUCCUGCAAAUAGUUGCUGGUCUUGUCCGCCAGAUGUAAAUACUGUGAAUACACCUGUAGGAACUCAAUUUUCUAGUCUGUAUAUAAAAUGUAUUUUUCUUUAACCCAAAUAACCCUUUUUGUAAUUCUGAAAUAUUUAAAUACCAUAGUGCUAUACAUGUAUAUCUGAUCAACUUGGUUUCCUUGAAACUUGAAAAGAAAGUGUUAAGUAAUUUAACCUGCAAUAAGCUCAGUGGACAAAUGCAUAAACUUAAGAUACAAUGUAUACAUAGUGGAUAGGUUUAUUAUACGACAAUGAAAUGGUAUUUAUUGACAUUUUCACAGAAGUGUAAUAGACAAGCUUACUACCAGGGCCCAGUUGUUCAAAAGGUGAUUAGGCUUAUCACAAUUGAACAACAAUAUUAAAAUCAUGAUUUUUGACAAAAUUUUCUGAAACUAUAACACUCAUCAGUCUCUUCCUACCUGCUGAUUUUGAAGAAUAAACAUACAUUGGAUUUGAAGUACAUGUAAAGGAGAAAUGAGAUUUUCACUAAUCAAGUGAUUAAGCUAAUCACCCUUUGAACAACUGGGCCCAGGCAUGGGUUUAGUCAGCAAUAACAGCAUUGCUCUUUUUAUGUUAUGCAAGUGAUAUCUUUUUUUCCUGUCAUUAGUAAGAGUAAAUCAAGCACACAUGUUAUGGUUUUAGGUCCCAUUUUACAUAUUAGAGAGUGUAAAUCAAGCAGACCUCUCUUAGUUUUAGGUCCCAUUUUACAUAUUAGUGAGAUUUUAGGUCCCAUUUUACAUAUUAGAGAGUGUAAAUCAAGCAGACCUCUAAUGGUUUUAGGUCCCAUUUUACAUAUUUAGAGAGUGUAAAUCAAGCAGACCUCUAAUGGUUUUAGGUCCCAUUUUACAUAUUAGUGAGAGUAAAUCAAGCACACAUCUUAUGGUUUUAGGUCCCAUUUUACAUAUUAGUGAGUGUAAAUCAAGCAGACCUCUCAUCGUUUUAGGUCCCAUUUUACAUAUUAGUGAGAGUAAAUCAAGCAGACCUCUCAUCGUUUUAGGUCCCAUUUUACAUAUUAGUGAGUGUAAAUCAAGCAGACCUCUCUUAGUUUUAGGUCCCAUUUUACAUAUUAGAGAGUGUAAAUCAAGCAGACCUCUAAUGGUUUUAGGUCCCCUUUUACAUAUUAGAGUAAAUCAAGCAGACCUCUCAUCGUUUUAGGUCCCAUUUUACAUAUUAGAGAGUGUAAAUCAAGCAGACCUCGCAUGGUUUUAUGGCCCGUUACUUGAGUUCCUGCUGUUGUUAUGUUUUUCAUGAUUUUGAUAAUAAACCCAAGUACAGAUUAUUUUUAUGAAAUUUGACAAAGUAUGUUGGCAAGGAAACCAGUAAAAUUAUUUAUUUGAAAUUUCCAAUAUGAAUUAAUGUCACUUUUGAUGUUUUUAACAUGAAUGUUAUUUCUUAUUCCAAAUACAAAUAAUCAUGUUUUAUAUUUAUGAAUGAGAAAACAGUGCUCUUACCGGGCAUUAUCUUUAAAAAGAUGUACACGUGAGAGAUUGAUGGGAAAAGAUUUGUUUGAAAACAAAGUUAUUUUUCAAUAUAAACGUGAUAGAGUGAAAACCUUGAUAUUUUGUUAUGUUAUAUUUUGACAACUUCUGAUUUUUUGAAAUAAAAAUUUCCUUGAAAUACAAA